CUGCCGCGAGCCGUUUUUUUUCCAUUCUCCACCAGUUCGUCUGUUCGUAUCGAGCUGCUCCGGGUCUUCCGUUCAUUAAAUCAAACAGCUAUGUGUCUGAGGAAACCAGCCCACCGUCCUUGGCACGUAUCCUGCUGGUAAAACAAAAGGCACACCAAUUAGCGCUCGAGGUAUUAUUCAGGUUACUUGUUCCAGGCUUUCUCGAGCAGGAAAGAGUGCGAAAAGCGACGUUAGCUUCAGUCCCAUGUUGUCGCCGAAUCAGAACGAACAUGCCCGCUCCAAAGAUCCGGUGAAAUACGGCGAACUGGUCAUCCUCGGGUAUAAUGGCUCCCUUCCUGGUGGGGAUAAAGGGAGGAAAAGAAGUCGCUUUGCUCUAUUCAGGAGGGCAAAGGCUAAUGGUGUCAAGCCAAGCACAGUGCACAUUCUCAGCAACCCACAAGACAGCAAGGCGGUUAAUAGCAGGGGACAGCACAGUAUCUCCUUCACACUCUCUAGGAAUCAGACUGUGGUGGUGGAAUACUGUCAUGAUGAUGACACAGACAUGUUCCAGAUUGGCCGGUCGACUGAGAGCCCCAUAGACUUUGUGGUGACUGAUACACCAGGAGGAUCAAAAGAAGGCGAGGACUCUGUUGCGCCCAGCACCAUUUCGCGCUUCGCCUGCAGGGUGGUGUGUGAGCGCAACCCCCCCUACACUGCCCGUAUUUACGCAGCUGGCUUCGACUCCUCCAAAAACAUUUUCCUUGGGGUAGGAAAAAGCAACAAGUGGAAGAACCCAGAUGGUCAGAUGGAUGGCCUCACCACUAAUGGAGUACUGGUGAUGCACCCACAAGGUUUCCCAGAAGAAUCCAAGCAGGGCAUGUGGAGGGAGAUUUCAGUCUGUGGAAAUGUCUACACUCUGAGAGAGACCAGGUCUGGACCCAUCCGUGGCCAACUGGCUCAGGGUGAAAGCAGCGCCCUGCAGGACGGCUCUCUGGUUGACCUGUGUGGUGCAACAUUGCUGUGGCGCACAGCCGAAGGUCUCCUCAAAGCGCCCACUUUGCGUCACCUGGACGCGCUGCGUCUGGAGCUGAAUGCAGCACGUCCGCAGUGCCCAGUGGGUCUAAGCACUCUGGCGUUCCCCAGUACCCGUAGCCACAGCCUGGAGGAACGCCAGCCAUGGGCUUACCUUACCUGUGGCCAUGUGCACGGCCGACAUGACUGGGGCCAAAAGCCUGAGCACUGUCGCGAGCAUGAGGGAGGUCCCAGCACAGGAGGCAGACGGGAGUGUCCGCUGUGCCGAUCACUGGGGCCCUAUGUGCCUCUAUGGCUGGGCUGUGAGCCUGCGUUCUAUGUGGAUGCAGGUGCUCCUACCCACGCGUUUGUGCCCUGCGGUCACGUGUGCUCAGAGAGGACGGCAAAGUACUGGGCGGAGACAUCGUUGCCACACGGGACCCACGCCUUCCAGCCUAUAUGCCCGUUCUGCUCUACACCUUUGACGGGCACACCUGGCUUUACCCGCCUCAUCUUUCAAGGGCCUGUCGAUUGACAAGUAGCCACAGGGGGUAGAAAAAAUGAUAGGAGUGCUUUCUCGGGAGUGUGUUCAUACUGUAGAUACACAUGCUGAAAUCACAUGCAAAUCUACCGUAGCUUUCUUAGUAUAUGCACACACCAAUCUCAGUAUGUGUAUUUUGCAUUUGAAUGCAGCCCUGAGUAAGCCUGGUAAACAACAUUUUUAAUCUUGCUAGUAAUAUCACCAAUAUUUUCUUCACGGAUUCAGUCAGGCACUGACCCAGCAGUGAGCCAGAUCAGCAUGCCUAAUGAGUUACAGAAGCAGUUCAUGUGCGACGAUAUUUGAAAGAUAUGGGUUAUUGAUCGAAGGAAACAGAAAUGCUUGAAGCUAGUGUGAUCCAUACUUGCUAUAUUAAGAACUAUGACAAAACAGAAAAAUCGUCAGCUUACUGAAAAAGAGGCUCUUCUGGGUUUAGCAAGAGCUUAUUUACCAACUUGCUCAUUUGUGUUAUCAACCAGUGCCAGACAGAAUCUAUGGAACUAACACAAAUUGUAAAGUACCAAGUACCUCUUCAGUUGAAAGGAUACCCACCUAUUGCAUACCGAUUACUGGGCCUCUGGAUGCUUGUAAUAAGUUGUUGGAAAGUUAGAUUGCAUCUCUUUGAUGUUUUAGUUAUUAGGAUCUCAGGACAGGAAAUUGGCAUCUGCUGUGGGAACCUGUGACCUAUUGAAAGUUUACAUCAAGCCUUUAAUAGAGUGAGUAAAUGUCCAUGCUAUUGAUGGACUUCUACCUCCAUCUAUGGCCACUUGCACUGCUUCCUUAGUGCAUUAUAUAUUUGCGUUCACUGCACUCAACACUUAAAAGGACACAUCUACAUACAAGAUCCAUCUUAAGCAAUAAGCAUUCCUAGAAUUAAUAUAAAGCUCAAAGGAGAGAUGCAACGGCUCAAUCGUGUACUACCCGAUUCUAGCUAAUGUGUGGUUAAAACUCGGAUUAGUGGUUGAAGGGCUUUAUCAAGUCAUGAGAAAUGUAGCCCUGGUUUAUUUUCUAGAUUGUUUUUUGUAUUGUUCUGUUUUAGCAUUAAACAACAGUUGAAGUUGUAGCUGCAGUAUACACAGUAGUAGUUUAAAAAAAAAGUUCAGAUGUAAUAUUUUUGUACAUGGUUGUGUUACUAAACUUUGGCCCAAGGCCAGUUUUUUUUUAAAUAUAUAUAUAUAUAUAUAUAUAUAUAUAUAUAUAUAUAUAUAUAUAUAUAUAUAGUGUUCCACGUAUAUGUAUAAAUAUAUUAUUUUCAUGUGCAAAUAUGAUUUAAACUCCGGAGAGCCCACAGCAGAAUAGUAUGCCUCACUGUGCACACUCCAAAAUGUCAUAGGAAACCCUCAAUAUAGUAAACAGUAUGAUGAAUGUACUAUUCUAGGGCCUAGAUAAUGACUCUGCUGUUCUUGGUGCUAUCAUUAAAUUUUUAAAUGCUUCAUAUAUAUAUAUAUAUUUUUAUCUAAACAUCACACACUCCUUGAAAGUAAUUUAAUUGUUUUGGUAACUUGAUGUCGUAAUCACCCACUAAAUCACUCCUACACAUGCAGGCUUUGCACUAUGCAUGUCUACAAUAAGCUUUUCACAAGAGGAAGCUUUUAAAUUGCAAAUAUACAGUGUUAAGACCGAUGUGCUCUACUUUACCUCACAUGCAAGAUAAGAGACCUCAACUGAACAUAUUUUUAUAUUAACAGGAAGAACUAACAUGAGUAAUUUCACUUUUCUUGCUUGUCAUGACUAUUUCAUACAACUGAAUUAAAUCUUCUCAUUUCUUUCUUCCCUAGGGGCAUGUUUGUCCUAUUUUAAUGCAUUGUGUCAAUAACCACUAAUACUCCUGAGUGAUGUCCAGCUCUACUGUACUCAUUUCCUUUUUAAAGAGUUGAUGCAUUUCUUAACUUUGACACUCCUGGAGUGUCGAGACCAGGUUCAUGUCCUCGUUGUACUAUAUAUAUAUAUAUAUAUAUAUAUAUAUAUAUAUAUAUAUAUAUAUAUAUAUAUAUAUAUACACAUACAAAUAUGUGUUUGCAUAUAUACGCACUAUACAAACACGCGCGAUAUACACGUAGAUAUUAUUCAGUGUCUUCCCAGUGUCUCAGAAAUGCCGUUCUGCUCCCAUUCUUAACCUGCAAAGGGAACUUGUUCCUUCUGCAAGCUAAUAACGGGUGAUCUCAGGUUUACACAAGUCAAAGUUUACACUUGUCCCAGUGUCUCUAUACACUCAGUUGCCAGAGCGCCAUUAGCAGGGUUAGAGAUGUGUGUGCCUGUGUAUGCUAAUAUAAAUUCAGUAUCCGGUAUAUCUGAAAACAGGGUCUUACCUCAGAGAACAGAAAAUCUGGGGCAUAUUCAAGAUGCAUGAAAUGCUUUAUUAGUCUACUGCACUGUCCACGUUACAGUUCUCUGUUGUAUCUUCAGUCAUCUUGAACAUGUUUGCCUUGCUUGAAACACAGCAUAUACAGGUUGCUCUGAGAGGAUAAGCCCUUAAAUAGAUAAUACCUAUCCAAAAUGCUAUUUUGAUGUCAUUUAUUCCUAUUAAUAAAUGACAACGAACGAAUAAUAUCAAUGUAACCCCAGCUGUAUAGGAUUCCAAAUUUAUCACUGAUACAGUCUUAGAUUGAGAAAUUCCUAAACGUGUCCCUCAUGAAAGACUGCAAUCAGUGAUGUUGCAGAAGUGAUCAGUUUGAGUAUGUUCAGUAUUGUGUCCCAGCUGAUUAAUGUGAAAACGGCCGCACCUUGUGUUUGACCUCUGUAAAAGCUCGCUUACAGACUAGUGGUCAUGCCCUAUGACCUUUCCACUGUCACAUAACACUGAGCAAGCCUUAAAUACAGCUACACACCAUACAGUGAACACAGAUACACAAUUACGCUUGAACCCAAGGUGCACUGACAAUCGCAAAGUCAAAACCUUAAUAAAAUGUAUGUUUUCAAAACAAAUGGUUUUUCUUUACUAGUUGUGUUUUCUGUUUUGGUUGAAGCACGCUAAUGUUUUUGACAAUUUUGGCCAGUAGGUGGCACCAUUGCCUUUUUUUCUUCUUUGCAUUUCUUUGAUCAAAGAAAAAGAAAACUGAACGUAUUUCCUGAGUAAACCGUUAAAUAUUAAGACACUAAAUAAAAUUAAAACCACCCUGAAACACAAUAAAAAAAAUGUUCACACUGAAGUA